AUGGCACCGCUGCCUGACACCAACGGCGAUACGACAACAUCGUCCGCCACCAAGCUGAGCGCCGACGAGAUCGCCUUGUAUGAUCGCCAGAUUCGUCUCUGGGGAGCUCAGGCCCAAGAGCGCAUUCGCUCAGCUAACAUCCUGCUGGUGUCACUACGGGCUCUGGGAACCGAAAUCGCCAAGAAUCUCACACUCGCCGGCGUCAAGUCUCUCACAAUCGUGGACAAUGAGCCCGUGACGGAGGACGAUUUGGGAGCACAGUUCUUCCUUCGCGAGGAAGACAUUGGCAAGCCGCGCGCUGAUGCAGCUAUCCCGAGAAUACAAGAACUCAAUCCACGGGUUGAAGUCAAGGCAGAUGGCGGAAGGGAUGGCCUUCUGGCCAAAGACGUGACCUACUACGUUCCAUUCGAAUGUAUCAUCGCGUGCGACCACGACAUGAUGACGCUCUCUACCAUCAACACUGCUGCGAGGCUGGCUAGCCGCCCGUUCUACGCAGCUGGCAUCCACGGUUUCUACGGCUACAUCUUCACCGACUUGGUGGGACACGAGUUUGUGGUAGAGCGCGAAGUAUCCAACCGACCAACUCAAGCAAACACGCUGGAGAGCAUCACCCGCUCGGUCGUCAGCGUUACCAACAAGAAGGAACCCAACGGGAAGAAUCUGGAGAUCGUGAAGAAGAUGGAACUCUACUGUCCCCUUCUCCUAGCCAACUCUUCGCCACUUCCACCGGAUGUGAUGAGCAAUCGGCGCAAGCUUAAGCAGGUCCCGCCGCUGCUGCCUUGCUUGCGUGCCGUAUUCGAAUUCCAGCGCGAUUACAACCAUCUGCCCUCUAUUCAGAACCAGCAAGACCUCGCCAUCUUCACCACCCUGGCCACCAACAAAGCCCGUGAGCUGCAACUGCCGCCAGAGACCUUGCGCGCCGAGUUCCUUCGCAGCUUCAUCCAGAACAUCGGUGCCGAGAUUACGCCCACUGCUGCAUUUGUUGGCGGUCGCCUGAGUGAAGAUGUCAUCAAUGUCCUCGGCAAGCGGGAGCAGCCUAUCCAGAACUUCGCUCUGUUCGAUGGCGAGACUCUUGAAGGCCGAAUCUACUGUUUAUUCACCAUGCCUCCAGAACUGGCCAUGUCGCUUAAUCCAAUGCCGCCAAUGGACAUGUCUCUAGGUAUGGGCGGCAUGCCGAACAUGCCGAUGGGGGACAUGCAAGGUAUGCCAAUGGGUAAUGGCAACGGUAUCGACAGUAAUGGCAUACAGCCUCCUCCGGUCGACAGCGUGCAGCAUGGCCUGACGGCGGCCAAUGAAGCAGCGCAGCAACAAGGAGUCGCGCCGCCCUCGUAG